AUGUCUUGGAAAAGUACUGCUAUCAAGAAGGGGAAACGGGCUAGGGUAUCUUCACCAGAGAGCUUUAUGGUUCUCUUAAGUUAUUUAGUCGUUAUGGUAAUGCAAAUAUUUUUACCAGCAUAUCUAGGAACACAGAUGACUUACGAGAGUCAGAAGUUGGCAUUUGCUGCUUACGCCAGUGAAUGGAUACCGCAAUCGGAGCCAUACAAACGCAGCUUACGUUUGUUUGUUGAACGUUCUAAUACGCCUAUAGUAUUUACUGGUUUGAAAAUGUUCCCUCUGACUCUUAGUACAUUUGUAUCGCCUAUGUCACGUGAGGAUUUUGUGUUCAUGAUAUGUUACACAAUCGCUAUGACACUAGAAAUAUUUUAUCCAGCAUUCUUGGGAGCAGAAUUGACACGAGAGAGUGAACAUUUGGUGUUCUCGGCAUACUGUAGCGACUGGAUCUCUAGACCAGAGAGCUUCAAAAGAAGCCUGCGACUGAUGGUGGAGCGCGCAAAGAAACCUGCCGUCAUCACCGGCCUCAAAAUGUUCCGUCUGUCUUUAGCUACAUUUACAUCGAUCCGAAGUUACACGUCAGCUUUAGAAUGGAACAAUGGAAAGAUGCGCUCCAAAGGGAAUAAGGGAUGA